CCCCUUCUCCUCUUUCUCUCUCCCUCACGCCCCGCAGCAGGCGGAAGGUUACAGCCUUCAGAACCGCUCUCGCUCGGGCCGAACCGGGUUUCUCCAGCGGCCGACAAGGACCCAGCGGCGCUGUCUGGUUCAGCUCAUUUCUCCGCUGCCUCAUUCCCUCCCUCAGCAGCGCUUCGCCUUCCCUUCCCUCUGUCCUCCGCCUUCCCUUCCCGCUGCUUUCCGCUCGUUCUCUCCGGCGGGCUGGGCUUGCGUCUUCGCGUCGGCUUCCCCCUCAGUCUGGAGGCUCUCAAUAUGAACAGCAUCGUCUGCGCUGACAGGCACCAGGUUAUGAUGCAUGAUUAUCACAGAAGAAAUUCAUGUCUAUAGCUUUUAAGGACUUGGUUACAUCAUCUUCAAGCCUGAUAGUUUUGGAAUCCAUAUUGCAGCUGCAAAGACACCUUUGCUUUUGCAUGCCAACAAACAUCUUCCCUGUCAAAAGAAACUGAAGAGCUCUGUUUCAACACAGUGAUAACCAUUGGAUUAUUUUAAGAUCCCCCCAGUUAAAAUUUACAGUAAUAUAUUUGCAAGCUAGACCAACUCUCAAGAUGAUUCCCAAUGGAUAUUUGAUGUUUGAAGAUGAAAACUUCAUCGAGUCAUCUGUUGCCAAACUCAAUGCCUUACGGAAGAGCGGUCAGUUCUGCGAUGUCCGUCUGCAGGUAUGUGGACAUGAGAUGCUGGCACACAGAGCUGUGCUAGCUUGCUGCAGUCCCUACCUCUUUGAAAUCUUCAACAGCGACAGUGAUUCUCAUGGAAUUUCCCAUGUUAAAUUUGAUGAUCUCAACCCAGAAGCUGUUGAAGUUCUGCUGAAUUAUGCUUAUACUGCUCAGUUAAAAGCUGAUAAAGAACUGGUGAAAGAUGUGUACUCUGCAGCAAAGAAGUUGAAGAUGGAGAGAGUUAAGCAGGUUUGUGGUGACUAUUUGCUCUCCAAGAUGGAUGUUCAGAGCUGCAUCUCUUACCGGAACUUCGCAAGCUGCAUGGCAGAUUCACGUCUGUUGAACAAGAUUGAUGGCUACAUUCAGGAACAUCUCUUAAGGAUUUCAGAACAGGAAGAAUUUCUCAAACUUCCACGGUUAAAGCUUGAAGUAAUGCUGGAAGACAAUAUUGGGCUACCCAGCAAUGGCAAACUGUACACAAAGGUAAUCAACUGGGUACAGCGCAGCAUCUGGGAGAAUGGAGGCAGCCUGGAAGAUUUGAUGGAAGAGGUUCAAACGCUGUACUACUCAGCUGAUCACAAGCUGCUUGAUGGAAAUCUGCUAGAUGGACAGGCUGAGGUGUAUGGCAGUGAGGAUGACCACAUUCAGUUUGUGCAGAAGAAGCCACCACGUGAGAAUGAUCACAAGCAGAUCAGUAGCAGCUCCUCUGGAAGUCUUUCUCCCAAUGCUGCUCUUCAGAGCCCUAAACAUGAGUGGAAAAUCAUUGCUUCAGAGAAAACAUCAAGUAACACCUACCUGUGUCUCGCUGUCCUGGAUGGGGUGCUCUGCGUGAUCUUCCUGCACGGACGGAACAGCCCCCAGAGCUCUCCCACCACCACACCACGGCUGCUGAAGAGUCUGAGCUUUGAGCUGCAGCCCAAUGACAUCGUGGAGAAGCCAAUGUCACCAAUGCAGUAUGCUCGGUCUGGGCUGGGCACUGCUGAGCUGAAUGGCAAGCUCAUUGCUGCGGGUGGCUACAACAGGGAGGAGUGUCUGCGCACCGUGGAGUGCUAUGAUCCAGAGAAGGACACGUGGACAUUCAUUGCUCCAAUGAGAACACCAAGAGCUCGGUUCCAGAUGGCAGUGUUAAUGGGGCAGCUUUAUGUCGUGGGUGGGUCAAAUGGCCACUCAGAUGACUUGAGCUGUGGAGAAAUGUAUGAGCCAGAAAUUGAUGAUUGGACUCCUGUUCCUGAGCUGAGAACCAAUCGCUGCAAUGCAGGAGUAUGUGCCCUGAAUGGUAAACUGUACAUUGUUGGUGGUUCAGAUCCUUAUGGCCAAAAGGGACUUAAAAACUGUGAUGUGUUUGAUCCCAUAACAAAAUCUUGGACAAGCUGUGCUCCCCUUAAUAUCCGGAGACACCAAUCUGCGGUGUGUGAGCUGGGGGGAUAUCUGUAUAUCAUUGGAGGAGCAGAGUCCUGGAACUGCCUGAACAGUGUGGAGAGAUACAACCCAGAGAACAACACCUGGACUCUGAUUGCACCCAUGAACGUGGCUCGGCGGGGAGCUGGAGUGGCUGUUCUUGAUGGAAAACUCUUUGUGGGUGGAGGCUUUGAUGGCUCCCACGCAGUGAGCUGCAUGGAGAUGUAUGACCCCUCCAGGAAUGAGUGGAAGCUGAUGGGCAGCAUGACAACUCCCAGGAGCAAUGCUGGCAUCACCACCGUGGCCAACACCAUUUAUGCAGUUGGAGGAUUUGAUGGCAAUGAAUUCUUGAACACACUUGAAGUCUACAAUCCUGAGUCAAAUGAAUGGAGCCCCUACACAAAACUUUAUAAGUUCUGAAGUGAAUUAAAUUCCCUUUUCAAACAGGCUUAGUGAUGUAAUUGUGUUUCAGUAGAGGUACAAAUAUGAGUAGGGUUGGGGAGGGCAUAGAUGUUGCCAACAGCAACACAGAGCUUUUGCAUAUUGCAUAUUAACAUGCUGUACAUACUUGUUUUGGAAAGAAUAUCAGAUGAAAGGGUUUUUUAUGUAUCUUAGAACUUAGUUUAAAGGGUUGGGAUUUUGGUUUUUUGUUUGUUUGGUUUUUUCCUAAGAUUUUCAAGAUAAUGCAAGAAGAAUUAGACUGGCAUAUUGUUUUGGGAGCUUCCCCCAGGGUUUGUUUUUUCACUGCAUGUUAAAUGACUUCCUGCCCCAAGAAUGCAUCUUGCAGGAGGUUUAAGGGUUAUUGGGAACUGUUUUUUCAUGAAGCCUUGUUUUCCUUCAGUAACUGGAACAAUCUGUAACAAGAAGCCUUAUUUAAAUAGAUAUACUGGCUAUUUUUUUUAUUAAAAAAAGCUAACAAGUCUGCCAAUACCUUAUCUUUUAUGAUUGCCUUUUUAUAACAGUUUUUAUAUGCUCAGCAGAGUGUUCUAUCUGUUGACAUGAAAACAGCAGAUAAAUGUUUAUUGAAGCAAAGAGACAACCUUGGAGUUUGUGGAGAUAAAGUGGGAGAACUGAGGUGUGUGAGCUGCUGAGCUUUGUCCUCUGCUCCAGGAGGGUAAAGUUACUCAGCAACACCUUUGUUAGAGCAGGAUGGAGCUUCUGAACUGAACAGCUGUGACUUGGUAGGGUGGAAACAUCCUUUAGGCUCCCAGUCUUUGGACAGAAGGGCAGCAGGUGCUUUCUGUACAGCAAUUUUGUUACACUGGGUGAGUUAUCCUUUGUAAACUACUUCAUUGUGGGGCUGGGGCGUUUCUCAUGGUUUUUAAAACUCUUGCCAGUUGGCAAUGAAAAUGUGUUCACCUGAAUAGUCAUAAGUUCAUUUUUCUAAUAAUGCAAGCUGAAGGUGUGAGAGAACAUGGAAAACUUAUUUCAUAUGUGCUCAUUUAGUUCACUCUGUCUAGUCCUAGGGAUAAGAGGGUGGUUAGGAUGAUGUGUUUCAUGUGUAGUGCUGCACAUCUAACUCCCAGUGCCAAAACUAGCACUGACUGCUUGCUGCUGAUGCAAACACAUUAAAGGUACAUUUUGGGAAAUCCUUGCACCA